UAUCCGCCUAUCCCUCCUUCUCCAACCCUAUAAAUCCACACGUACUCUGGCCAUUGCCUGCACUCCAAAACCACCUUCCUCUGCUUCUCUUCCUUGCCUCAUAUAUUGGUCCAGAAAGAGCAGAGGAAGGGAGACAGAGAACCAGUAGCUACAUCGGUGGGGGCGGCAGCCAUGGACAGGGAGCUGCUGAGAACGGUGAAGCAGGCGACCAAGAACCACGCCAUUGUUCUCUACCACCGCUUCGUGUCCCACCUCCCCCACCUCCUCGCCACCACGGCCCUCGUCGUCAUCGCGCCGCACCUCUCCACGCUGCUGAUGACGCCGCACAAGCUCCUCGACCUGUGGCGCGACGGUCGUUGGGCGCAAACCAACAACGUGACGACGACGACGAUCAGCGGGCCGGCGCUGGCGAUGGCGUGCUGGGCCGCGGUGCUGGCGGCCUACACGUACGCCUCGUCCCGGCCGCGGCCCGUGUACCUGGUGGACCUGGCUGGGUACAAGGCGCCCGCGAAGCACGAGGCGUCGCGUGCCAAGACCAUCGCGCACUUCUCCCGCUGCGGGCGGUUCAGCGAGCAGAGCAUGGCGUUCCAGAAGCGGAUGCUGGAGCGGUCCGGGCUCGGUGAGGCCACGCACUUCCCCAUGUCGCUCAUCAGCCUCCCCGUGGACAUGUGCCUCGCCACGGCCAAAGAGGAGUCCCACGCCGUCAUCUUCGGCGUCGUGGACGAGAUCCUGAGGAAGGCCGCCGUGGCACCCGAAGACGUCGGCGUGCUCAUCUUCAACUCCAGCCUGCUCAGCCCGACGCCGUCCUUCACGUCGCUCAUCGUGAACCGGUACAGGUUCCGCCACGACGUCGUGGCGCACAACCUCAGCGGCAUGGGAUGCAGCGCCGGCAUCAUCGCCAUCGACCUCGCCAAGCGCCUGCUUCAGGUGCACCGGAACACGUACGCGCUGGUGGUGAGCACGGAGAACAUCACCCUGAACGCUUACAUGGGGAACAACCGUCCGAUGCUGGUGACCAACACGCUGUUCCGCGUGGGCGGCGCCGCCAUCCUUCUCUCGAACCGCCGCAGCGACCGCCGGCGGUCCAAGUACCAGCUGAUCCACACGGUGCGCACCCACCGCGGCGCGCACGACCAGAGCUACGGCUGCGUGACCCAGGAGGAAGACGAGGCCGGGUGCGUCGGGGUUUCCCUCUCCAAGGAGCUCAUGCUGGUGGCCGGCGAGGCGCUCAAGACCAACAUCACCACGCUGGGCCCGCUCGUGCUGCCCAUGUCGGAGCAGCUCCGGUUCCUGGCGACCGUCGUGCUCAAGAAGGUCUUCCGCGCCGACGUCAAGGCCUACCUCCCGGACUUCAAGCUCGCCUUCGACCACUUCUGCAUCCACGCCGGCGGCCGGGGCGUGCUGGACGAGCUCGAGAAGAGCCUCAAGCUCAGCGCCUGGCACAUGGAGCCCUCCAGGAUGACGCUAUACAGGUUCGGCAACACCUCCAGCAGCUCGCUCUGGUACGAGAUGGCAUACUGCGAGGCCAAGCGCAGGAUCAAGAAGGGCGACCGCGUCUGGCAGAUCGCAUUCGGCUCCGGGUUCAAGUGCAACAGCGCCGUCUGGAAGGCGUUGCGCACAAUCGACGACGCCGGCGAGAACCCGUGGAGCCAGGAUGUCGACGUGCUCCCCGUCGACGUGCCCAGAGUGGUGCCCAUCGACGAGGCCUCCUACCAAGUCCCAAACUAGCUAGCUUAAUUCGGCCGCCGCGGCAUCGGUCUCUAUCUCUAGCUUGCAUGCGCCGGUCGACCUAGCAUAUCUAUCGCCAAUUCACCAUUCUCGAUCUAGGCCUUAAUUAAUUAGGACCUCGGCUAUUAUAUGUCCUGAUUAUUGAUUUGAGUAAAUCUCUAUGAAUUCAACUGCCAAGACAUUUCGAUCCAUUAAUCUCCUUGCUACGUGUUGUCGCCGAUAUGGAGAUCAAGCAUUAACUUGCUC